AUGCGAAGAACAUCAAAACCCCUACCCAAUAAGAUCAACCUCCGGCUCCUCGCUCGACUUAAACUUCGACCACGAGCUGCGGCUUUUAGAAUAAGAUCGAUCGCAACUAGUGGCUCUUGGAUGAAUCCUGCUGUGGCCGUGAGUGACGAUAGUGUUGUGAGAGAGAAGGAGAUGGGGAGAGACCGAAGUGAUGAGUCGAGGGAGAAGGGGAAUAGGAAGGGGAAGUCCGUACAGAGAGUUUUGGAGGAGAGGUAA